AUGUUGGAGCUGGGAGGAGCAAAGAGGAAGAGUGCCCGCAUUUCAGCACUGGAGGCUUCAAAAAGCAACAAAAAGAAGAAAAACAAUAGCACAGUAAAACCCAAUAUUCAAUUUGAGCCACAUCAACCCCAAGAAGUAGAAGCAGCUUCUCUAGAAGAUGCCACACCAUCAACUGUCAUGGAGGUGGCUUCGGGCAGCGGGCAAAAAAAGCCUCUGCCCAAACCCAAGAGGGGUCCCAGAAGGAAAAGACUCGAUGAAGUGGCGGGUACUUCAGUUACUAAGAGGACCCGAAAGUUAUAUAUCAAAGAGCUUUUGGUUUUCUAUGCUCUGAAAUUUCUUGGAUAUGAGACGAUGCAAUGGAUGCCUUCAAGUAUUGUGCUGAGUAGGAUGUCUUUAUUGGAUGUUUCAGAUGGAGAAAUUCCAAAGCAUGAUGAUCCUUCCACCAUAUUAUUUACAUAUGAUAAUCCAGCAAAUUUGGCAUCUGCUUCACCUUUACCAGAGAAGCAUAUACUUGAGUUUGUCAUUGACAUCUUGCAAAGGAGAGACACGAAUAAUUCUUUUGCGCAGCCAGUUGAUCCUCAGAAAGUGGUAGGAUAUUACCAUAUCAUUAAGGAGCCCAUGGAUUUUGGGACCAUGCAAACCAGGUUGCAAGAAGGCAUGUAUAAAACUUUAGAAGCAUUCGAGAGUGAUGUUCUGCUGAUUUGCAAGAAUGCCAUGCAUUUUAAUUCAUCAGCCACCAUAUAUUUCAGACAGGCUCGUGCUAUACAUGAACUGGCAAAAAGGGUCUUUCAUGUUCUGAGAACUGACUACAAGACAAUUGAACAUAAGUUCUCCGUGGAAACAAGACAAACUGGGAGGAAACCCCAAGGUAGAGGUAGAAGUUUGCGCACUAGGCGUGGUCCUAAUGUUAGGAGAAGUAAUCAAAGAUGUCGUGGAUCAUCCAAUGGAUCUAGAGAUGGUAAUGAUGUGGAUUUGCCAGCAAGACGCGAAACACACAGGCUUUUUUCCCACAGUGAGAACGAGUCCAUUCCUUCAGGAGUUUCCAGCAGUUUGGAACAAGUGUCUGAUGAUGGGAGAUUUGACUACAGAGGAAGCUUGAUGCGGUUUGUCAAAGAUUUGGGGCCAACGGCUCAAAAGGUUGCUGACCAAAAACUAGCAAGAUCUUUGACUGAGCCUUCUAAUUAUCAGUUCCAGACUCCUAUGUGGUCAGUUCAGGACCCAAGAAGUCUGAUUGCUUCACUGUCAGCACAAUGGCAACCUCCUUGUGCGGGUGGUGCGACUGGUAGUCAAGUCGCUAGUGUCCUUCCUAAACUACCUGAGUACUCUAUUAAAAGUAAUAAUGCCAAUGACCAAUUGGCUGUGCAUUAUGCUGCUACCAAAGGAAUGAACGUUCUUACUAAUGGAGGCCUGGAUAUCUAUCCCGAUGCUUCGAGAGGAACUGUAAGUAUGGCUUUUGCAAGUGACAGAGUAGAUAAACAUAGUGCUGCAUCAAAAGGGAAAAGUAUUCUCACUAUGGAUAACAUGGAUACCUACGGUGGCACUUACGGGGAAAAGAUGGCUCCAUCCUGGGGAAGAAUGAAUACCCAUGGUGCUUUUCAAGGGAAAACAGUUCCCCCCACUGAACUGAACGGAAGUCGCGGUGCUUCACAAGGGGAAAGGCCUCUGGCUACUUAUAGUGAGGCCAUAGAUUUCAAAUUGCCUGAGGAAAAGGUUGUGAACACAUUGGGUGUGACGGACGCUUGGAAGCCUUUCAAAGGAAUGAAUCAACCCAGCAACCAAAAGAAUCAAUCUGGUUUAGUUUUCCCCUCUGCAGGAAAUGUAAGGUUUAAUAGUCCUGCUGCUCCUGCAGAUGGGAUCACAGAUGCUGGCGGAAAACAUAACCUUAAUCUUCUUCAAGGGGUUGUGAGAGAUGACACUGCUCAUAACUAUCAGAACAGGCAAAACAACUCAUGCUUGCCUCGCUCCGGUGCUUGGACUCUGAACUUAAAUACUCCACCUGCUGACCCCGAGGAUGCAUCCAGUAGGCACAUGAUCAUGGGCAUGAUGGUGGACUCUAGCCAAGUGGGUAAUCAGGUCCAGCCAACUCAGUUUGCAUCAGGAUCAAUGUCAAGCCUACUUGAAUUCAUGGCUAGAAAAAAUGGAAGUGCAAAAUCAUCUGUGCAUCCUUCAAGAAUCAUAACGCCAUCAAGGUCAACUCAUACCACUACAUUGCUGCAUGACUUGGGCUCACAUUCUCUGAGUAGCAUAGAGCAAGCUGAUGCUUCAUUGAACCCCUGUUGUGGAUCUAGCUCAGAUCAGGUGAACCAGCCGGUGGAAUGGAGCCGCUCGACACCAUGGGGUCCCCAGACAAUUUAUAACUUUUCGGAGAUUCAGCCACAGCUGAACGACGUGAAUCCAGUGGCAGAGGAUGCCUUGGUGCAGGAAGGAUCGCAAUCACCUGCCCCAUACAUGCAAUUGCUGCAUUCUGGGAUUGGUCCAUUGGACAAGGACAUGUCAGUGAAGUAUGAAUCACAGCUAACACCAGCUCCACAAAUGCAGCCAGGGCACGAUGAGAUGGAUCAAGCGGGACAGGAUGCAUUUGGGCAGGAUGAAUUGCAGCUUGCGCUGGCUUCAUUCAAGCAACCUGAAAUGAAUGAAAUGAGUAUACUGAGCCAAGACGCAUUAGCACAGGCAGAGUUGCAAUUCACUGUGACUCCAUACACACAACUGCUGACAAAUGAGGCAAAUUCAUUGGAUGGAGGACAUUAUCCACUGGCUCGUUAUGCACAUCCACAGUCAAAUUCUGUGAAUGCACUGGGCCUGGAUCGAUUGGUACAACAAGAACCACAGCUAGGAGGGAUUCCAUAUAAUUCAAAUUCAUUCUGGCAGGAGGCAUUGGUGAAGCAACCCGUGCAGCCUCGUCAAGGGCUGAUGCAUGAUGCAAGGAAGGCUUAUGUGAGACCUGUUCAACAAAUCUGGGAAGGAGGAGGGAUCAGUGCUCAGCACAUGUGGAAUGGUCAAGAAGGGUCUCCAAGCAGUACUCAAUACCCUGAUUUGUCCCUUCAGCUGAGACCCAAGCAUCCAUUCUUGUGA